AUGGCUUCUUUGCAUUCCAAAAACCUAUGGAUUCGGAAGCAACAAUGUCCUUGUGGAGAUUGGAAGUGUUACAUUACACAUGAAGGUGUUGCUAAGGAGGAUUGUGCAGUACCAGAAUCAGUGAAGCCAGAUAAAAGAUCAUCUUGUAGAGCUAUCAUUACCCCUUAUGUUGGAAUGGUGUUUAAGACCGACGACGAAGCUUUUGAAUAUUACGGUAAUUUCGCUAGGAAGAAUGGUUUCUCUAUUAGGAAAGAAAGAUCUAGAAUUAGCCCUCAGUUGGGUAUUUAUAAGCGUGACUUUGUUUGUUACCGAUCCGGGUUUGCACCGGUGAAGAAGAAGGCGAACGGUGAACAUCAUAGAGAUAGGAAAUCGGUGAGGUGUGGAUGUGAUGCGAAAUUGUAUUUGUCUAAGGAGGUUAUGAAUGGUGUUUCCCAAUGGGUUGUUGUGCAGUUUAGUAAUAUACAUAAUCAUGAGCUUUUGGAAGACGAUCAAGUGCGUCUUUUACCUGCGUAUCGGAAGAUUCAUGAGGCUGAUCAAGAGCGGAUAUUGUUGCUUUCGAAAGCUGGGUUUCCGAUUCAUCGGAUAGUGAAGAUGCUUGAGCUGGAAAAAGGGAUUCAAGGUGGGCAUUUGCCGUUCUUGGAAAGGGAUGUGAGGAACUUUGUACAAAAUCGUAAGAAGGUUGUUCAAGAGAAUGAGGCGCUGCUAAGUGAGAAAAGAGAAAAUGAUGUUUUGGAACUUCUUGAGGUGUGUAAAGCCGUGAAAGAAGCUGAUGUUGAGUUUGUUUAUGAUUUUACAGUCGAUAAGAAUGACAAAGUUGAAAAUAUAGCUUGGUCGUAUGGUGAUUCUGUUAAUGCCAAUGCUUUGUUUGGUGAUGUGAUUUAUUUUGACAUCUCUUAUCGAUCCGUCGCUUACGGAUUGCAUUUUGGAGUGUGGUUUGGGAUUGAUAAUUGUGGUAGAAUAAUUUUGUUCGGUUGUGUUUUACUCCAAGACGAAACACUGCAAUCCUUCUCAUGGGCAUUACAGACUUUUCUCCGGUUCAUGGGAGGAAGAUGUCCACAAACAAUUAUAUCUGAUCUUGACUCUAGUCUUCGAGAUGCAAUUAGAAGCGAAUUUCAAGGAACUAAACAUGUAAUUCCGCUGUGGAAUAUUUUGAACAAGAAGAAUUUGAACAUCAAUGGAGCCAAAUGA